UCAGUGGGCUUCUGGAGCUUGAGCUUAACAAGUGGUCGAUGUCUGGAGCAAAACACAACUUUUCUUACACACUAACUAACUGAAUGGCAAUAGUGCAAUACUCUGCUUGCAAAGAUUAGUUGAUUCCAUGAGCCUCUAAGGCUUUUCAAAUGAUUGUCAACUGUUUUUAGAAAUGAAACCUAUCGCCGCACUGAAAAUUCAUCUGCAUCACCGCUUUUAAAAUCUAAGGGAGAAGAGUCAAGCGAUGAAGAUUCCGAAGACGAAGCAGAUUGGAAGAUGAAAAAUGCAGACGUCGUUUUAAGUGCCAAAGAAUUGUUCGCUCAAGAUAAUCAAGAUCUUUGGGAGGUCUGGGACGAAAAGCCAAAGUGGAUAACAGCAAAAGAAUUGAACCAGGAAGAAGUUGAAGAUUUCUGGCAUAGCUGGGAAGAAACUUCUCAAAGACCCAGACAAAGAUCGAGAAGCCCUCCUCCCCCAAUAAGGUCACAAGAAGACGAUGACUCUGAAGCUGAAACCGAUGAGUCGGAGGACGAAGCGAGUGCACUCACUCUACCUGACGAUGGCUGUCACCUAAGAGGCGAAGGUAAAUUUUACUCAUCUAUUCCUGCAAAAGAAGCUUUCAAGGAAGACGAUAGUUGGUUGGACGAGUUUGACGACUCAAAAUAUACCAUUUCAAAAGCAAUAUCUGCCAAAGAUGCAUUUAAAGAAGAUGACUCGUGGUUAAAUAGCGACGAUGAAUCUGAAUCACAGGCACCUCAUGAUGACGUACCAGUCAGAGAAAUAUCUAAAAAUAGUUCAUGGUCCAUGAAUGAUAUCAACUUGGAAGGUGAUUAUGAGGAACAAAACGACCUUCAUUCAAGCAGCAGUAAUGUAGUUGAAUAUCAAGAAGGCGUUGUAAAUGCAAGUUUGUUUAUGAAAAGAGAUAGUAGUGAAUUGAACCAAUCACGAGCAAUUUCAGCAAAAGAAGCAUUCAAGGAAGAUGAUUCUUGGUUGAAUAGUGAUGAUGAAACUGAGUACAGCCAUGCCAGAGCCAUUCCGGCAAGUGAAGCCUUUAAAGAGGAUGAUUCGUGGUUGAAUAGUGACGAUGAAACUGAGUUUAGCCAUGCCAGAGCCAUUCCGGCAAGUGAAGCUUUUAAAGAGGAUGAUUCGUGGUUGAAUAGCGACGAAGAAUCAGACUUUCAACCAUCUGAAGCCAUCCCAUCUAAAGAAGUUAAACAGGAUGGCUCAUGCCCGAACAGUGUUGCUGAAUCGAAGUUCAGUUCAACAGCAGCCAUUUCAGUUAAAGAAGCUUUUAAAGAAGAUGAUUCGUGGUUGGAAAUGGAAGGUUCUGAGAGUGAUGAAUCAAAGGGCGCUGAAGAAAGCGAAGAGGACAAUAGUGCACAAGAAGAAGGAGUCACUGAAAAGAAACAAGAUCAAACUUUAGGGCUGGAAGACGAAGAUGAUUCCGGCUAUAGUUCAGUGAAAAUUCUCAUGCAUAACGAACAUUCGGCCCCUAUAAGUUUGUCCGAAAAAGAAAACAUUGGCGAAUGCUCCUCUUUCCAUAAUAUUGCAAGCGAUGGUCAAAAUAUUGAUGCUAAAAAGAAAAGCUAUCGCUCGACGGAACAAGACAAUGGAAAUCGAAACGAAUGCAGAAUAAUCGACGAGGUAAGUACUUUGAGUAGGAAUAUUUUUGAGGACAGUGUAUUGCAUAUUGACAACAGCCAAGGAGGAAAGAACGUGUCUGGAAGUAAUUCUGAAAAAUCUUUAACAAACACAGACUUGAAGCUUGAUACUCUCGAGGGAACUUGUGGUCAAUGCCGAGCAAUAAAUUUCUCUCUAACACAAACCAGGGAUGGGAAAGGAGAUGGUUCUGAUAAGGAACUUGAAAAAUUCAAAUCUUUUAAAGACACAGAAUUUUUAAACCAGGGUCACGAUCAGAUACGACCCACUGAAAAGAAAGAACGUUCCGAUAGUGACAAAAAUACUGACGGCCUUACUGUUUCAGUGGAUGAAAAUUCUGUUGGGGACGAAAUUCAUACCGUAGGAGACAUUUCACAGUCAACGAUGCCUUCAAUCGUAGGUUCGAGUUUAGAAAAAUUAGGCGAGCCAGAUAGAAUGGCAGCAAUGCCUGUGGAGUUGUUCUCCAAAUGCAUCGACUUUAAAUUUGCCACAAAUUUUACUGGAGAGAAAGAAGUCACCACGGACUCAAUGAACUCCAUUAUGCUGAGUGCGAAUAGUUUAUUUCCAUCAGGCUCUCAAUUGUCAAUUCAUCCUGACAAUACCCGUUGCAACCAUACAUUGACCUCCCACGUAUUAGACAAUGGAUUUUUAGCAGAUUUAGCUAAGGGGCUAUCGAUGGAUGAUAUUGAUCCGAAUCCUUCAAGUUCUUUUUCAAGGAAUUGUGAUGACGAGUCAUCAGCCCUGUACAGGAUGUCGUCUACCACACACAAAGCACAGAGUUUGACAUUGAUCACUUCUUCGGAAAAUCGUCUCCCAAUUUUGAGUUCAGACUGUAGCUCAAAUGUCAGUGUUAGUAACCGGCCUCCAAAUUCGGUGGCAUUCAGAAAAGGGGGUUUUGGUUCAUUUAUGUUUAGUGAAAUGAUGACAAAAGACGAGAAUGACCACAAACUGUUAGAACGGACUAAAGGUUCAACAGAUUCCGAGUCAUGUUCAAAAGUAUGCCUCGUUUUAGAGCCUGAGGUUGUUCAACGAGUCCUCGUCAGAGUACCUGAGCCAUGUGACAGUUCACUAGAAGGAUCAGAUGGUGGCAAGUCACAUGUUGAAGCAUGUAAAGGUAUGCUGCAUGAAGACGAUCCUCGGGUGAACGAGUUAUUCGAUGAAAUUUUGAAGAAUUUUGGGGAUUUAUGUCCUGAUGAGAGCAGAGAAAAGUACGGCAUUUUUGGUUUUGAGCCAGGAACACAUUGCCACUCUUCUACAUUGCAUGAGCACCUCUUGAUAGCGGAUGUUUCUUCCCCUGCAGAUUCAUCUGCCACCAACAUGAACAAAAUUUCCAACGCGGGUCCAGCUUCUAAAAUCACACCUUUAGUGGACUUGACCGAUGAGCAGCCGGGCAAUCCUCAGAACAUCUAUGAGAAUACCAAGAUUGCUGAGAUUGGCAAUCAGGAAAAAAAUGAAGAAGCACACCAGGGUGCCCUAAAAUUUAUAUCCACGCCCCAAUAUCAAAUUGCAGUUAAUUCUGAAGUGGUCAAUGGGGCUUCAGCUCAUUCAAACACCCUCGAAACCGCAACAUACUCAAUACCAUCCAAACAAAUCGUAUUGCGAGAUGACUUUGAUUCAAUUCAACGUUUGCGCAAUGCCUCUCCGGAACAAAAAAAUGAAUCACAAUUAGAGAAACCCGAUUUUGCGAACCGGUUUGUCUUCAAGUUACUAUCAUCGAUGGACAAAGAAGCACCUCAACCGAGCCUACCUGAGGCUCAUGUACCUUCACUCAGCUCAGAAUUCGGCAACGAAGUUACGGGAGACGAGAGAGAACGAACUGAGCAAGAUUCAAGGGAUGGAGUAAAUUUUCUUAAUCGUGCACAUAGCGCUCAUGAACCUAUGAAAACUGACGUUGAAAAAUUUCCCUUAACUAAUAUGAAUAACGUAGAUUCUUGUGAAGAGAAGUAUCAAAGAGCCUUGCAGGAAACAAAGGAAAAGGACAAAUACGUCUCGGACAAGACGAGUCUGAAUACUGGUUUAGAUUCCAUACCGUCACAAAUGGUUGAACAAAAAGAAAUAGAACACCACGAUUAUGAAUCGACUUCUACGUUGUUACAGGGAUUGAGUAUAGAAGACGAAAUUCCACGAGUUUGCGAUCCAGUACAAAGUUUCAAACUUGAACAUUACCACGUUGAAACUGCGGUUGACUUUCCACUGCUGGAGCAGCCACAAGAAGCGAAGCUCAAUAAUGAGGUCCAAACCUCUAACGAAAGCCACGACUCCUUUUUGACGUCGUUCGUGUCGUUUUGUGUGAUUGUUCUGUUUCUCACAAGUUAUUUCAUCUUUAAAUGGUUUUCGUGAAUGCUGAUUUGCAUCGCUUGAUGAUAAUAAAAAUUAUUCCGUGGAAUUAGUGUCGAGAAAUAGUGAUGUGUCGUCGAUAUUUCAAGUUAUCCCGAAUAUAAUGAAAUGAUAUUUUUAGACCGUG